AUGAUUGAACCAACACUAGAUCUCAAGGAACUAGAGUCUGCACAGAAGAAUGAUGCUGAAUUAAAGAAACUGGAAACUGACAAAACAGGCGCUCUCCAUCUGAAGCUCAUAAGGAUGCCUGAUUCAAACGUAUCGUUGGUCUGCGAUAUUACAACGGACCAAGGAAGACAAUUUGAGUCGAACCUGUUUCGAGAACUUAAUCAUCUGACAGGAACUUCCCAUUUCAGAACAACACCCUACCAUCCCGAGUCGAAUGGAAUGGUAGAAAGGCUGCACCGACAGUUGAAGGCAGCUAUUAAAUGUCACAACAACUCUCGCUGGACUGAAAUUCUACCGUCAGUUUUGUUAGGAAUCAGAUCAGCCUGGAAAGAAGAUUUGCAGUCGACAGCAGCAGAAAUGCUAUACGGACAGCAACUUCGCCUCCCUGGUGAAUUUCUAUCGUCUACAGCCACCUCUGCGGAUGCAAGAACGCAGUCUGCGUUUGUCAAGGAGCUUCAGGAAUACAUGAGGACAUUGCGACCAACACAGGGUUCUCGUCAUGGAACUAAUGCAACAUUCGUUUUCAAAGACCUCAAAACAACAAAGUAA